AUGGCAAGACCAUAUAGUGAGAUCCAGAUCCUGCUAAACAAUUUUACUGCUAAUGAUAAUAAUUGGCAAGGAGAUGGGGAACCACAAAGAGUACUUAAACAAAAGGCAGUAGGUUUGAUCGAGCUUGAUGAAUUCUCAGUAAUGAGGGCAGAUAUAGCGAGCUUAGCGAAUCAGAUGAAUAAAAUGACAAUGCACCAAGCACAACAGAUGCAACAUGUGCAACAGAUGUCUACUUGCUGCGAGUUAUGUAGUGAAGGUCACACAAGUGACAUAUGUCCCAUGAAUCCUGAAUCCAUCUACUACGUGGGGCAACAAGCUAGAGGGCCGAUGAAUCAAAAUGCUCAAUAUGGUAACACAUGUAAUCCGAACUGGAGGAAUCAUCCUAACUUCUCUUGGGCUGGAAAUCAGAAUAUCAGGCCUCAGGCGAAUUACAAUGGUCCACCUCAUCCCCCACAACAAGCAGAUGAGAGUUUAACUGACAUGAUGAAAAAGCUCUUGAUAGAGAAUCAACAAUUGCGCACAGAGUUCAGAAAUCUAGAGAGGCAGUUUGGGCAAAUGGCUAACAAUCAUAAUACUAGACCUGUUGGAGCUCUCCCGAGUGAUAUUGAGCCUAAUCCUAAGGCUCAAGUCAAUGCGGUUACCUUGAUAAAUGGAAGAGAAUUAGAAGAAGUUCCACAGAAACAGAAGUAUACAUCUAGUCCUGAAGGAGAAUUAGUUCCUAAGCCAGUUGAGGAUAAUAAGAAAGAAAACAAAGGAUCAGAUCCAGAAAUUGAAGUGCACAAGUAUGCAAGGUAUCUCAGAGAUAUUGUGGCAAACAAGCGAAGACAUACAAAGUUUGAAACAAUUGCACUUACUGAAGAGUGCAAAGUUGGUAGAGUCCUGUGUGAUUUAGGGGCUAGUAUAAAUUUGAUGCCAUCUUCUUUGUUCAAGCAACUCGGAUUCGGGGUGCUUAGACCUACUACAAUCACUUUACAGUUAGCAGAUAGGUCACUAGUUAUGCCAGAAGGAAUUAUUGAGGAUGUGUUAGUUCGAGUGGGAAAGUUUAUUCUUCCUGCUGAUUUUAUUAUUCUUGAUUACGAGGCAGAUGAGGAAGUACCCAUUAUUUUGGGGAGACCAUUCUUAGCUACUGGUGGAGCGCUUAUUGAUGUUAGGGAAGGAAAGUUGAAGAUGAGAGUUGGUGAUGAGGAAAUUACUUUUAAUGUGUACAAGACACUUAAGCUCCAUAAGCAUUAUGAGGACUUGUGCAUGAUUACUGCGGUAGAACUGAAGGGGAUAGAGCAAAGUCCUUAUGCAAAUUAUAGUGAUUCGGAUGAGACAAGUGAGUUGGAGGAGGUGGUGUUGCAAGCUGAGUGUGUAAGGAUGAUUGAGAAAAUAGCCAGAGAUGAAAGAGGAGAUCUUCUGAGAGCAUGUAAAAAGGCUAGACUUAAUGGGAGAAAGAAGAAGAGAAAGCACCCAGCCUGA